CUCCGCUGAAGGUUCAGUUGCCACGCACCAACCCAUCCACCCUCUCCCUCUCCCUUCGUCUGCGAGAUCCUCAACCAACAAACCAAUAAAAUUCCCGAGUGGGGUGACGGAGAGAGAAAUAGAGGCAGAGAAAACAGAGACCUAGUUCUCCAUCUCCCUGUUUCAGAGAUUCGAUGGCGUCGUUGGGAGCUCCCGCGUCUCCGAAUUCCUGUCAGCUCCGGCGCCGCGCUCUCUUGCGCUCUUCCCCUGAUUCCAUCCGCCGGGUUUCUCCUUUCUUCCUACGGAACAUCCAGCUGUUGCAUUGGAGGAUCCGUGCGAGCUCAGUUGCCGGAAAUGGGAACGGGAACGCCGAUGGUCGGUCGUGGAUGGAGCCGGAGAAAGGCUCUGCAGAAUCGUUCUCUGGAUGGUCAGAGUCCGGGUCCGGGUCGAGGAAGGAGCGGCAGGGCCGACUCGGAGGGAUUGCUGCAGCAGGUGCUGCUGGAGUUAUUCUUACUGCUGGGCUUGCUCUUGCAUCAUUGUCAUUAGGCAAGAAGAGUAGUGCUGGAAUUAAGGCGCAAAUGAAACCCUUGACUUCACAGCAAGAAGCAAUAUUACUGUCUGAGAACAGAGAUGAAGUUGAUCAAGCAGCAAAAAAGUGCAGUUCUGUAACAUUAGAUGAAAAGGAUGAGCUUACAGGCAAAAGUUUAUCUGGUUCAGAAUGUGACACAGGUACAACCAAAGACUCUUUUCCAUGUGAAGAAUGUACUGAAGCAUCUUCUGAAAGCGGAUAUGAUGUGACCUCAACACAAACUGUUGAAUACGAUAACUCAAAAUCUGAUGUUGUUGGUCUCAAUGAUGUUGCCGUUACUAGUCAUGAAGUGGAAAAACAAGUUCAGCUCCCCACUGAUGUUGGAGAAUUUUCUUCCUUACCUGAUUCAAAUCCCAGUGCACCCGAUUUAUCUGCCACAGUUAAUGAUGAGUGUCCCGACCCAUCUAGCUUAAAAACAAUGACCAGUGAUGAAUCCCCUGAUGUAGUAGACACAGAUACAAGCCAAGGAAAAGUAGGCACUGACAUGAGCAAAGAAAAUAUAGGCAGUAUACAUCCAGCUAGCUUUCCCGUACCUGAUUCUAAUCAAGCUAGCUCUCAGGAAAAAUUUGAUGUCAUGGAGAAAAUUGAACAUUCCAAUCUUCAUUUCAAUGUGCCCAGUCCCUCUGAUAAUGAACUUUGCGAAGGCACACUGCCUUCUGAAUCUUCAUCUGUUGGAUCAGUUUAUGAGAGUUCCUCUCUGGAGUCCAACAUUGUUUUGUCAAUGCCGACCUCAAGUGAAGAAAUCACUUUUGAACUGAAUGACUCAACCCCACGGUUUCCUGUUAAUGAUGUUAAUGCAACAGUCACUGCACUCGGGGUGGAGACAGCUAAUUCUUUGGAAUCUUUACAUGGAAAUGUUCCAUACCCUAUUGGUGUUUCAGAAAAUGAUAGAAGCAGCUCUUUUGGUGCGUCACCAAGUCCUGAAAAUACCUUUUCCUAUGCUGGAAUUCCUGCUCCAUCUUUAGUUUCUGCAGCUCUACAGGUAACUCCUGGGAAAGUAGUGGUUCCUCCAACCAUUGACCAGGUUCAAGGGCAAGCUUUGGCAGCAUUGCAAGUCUUGAAGGUUAUUGACUCUGAUGUUCGGCCAGGUGACCUUUGUACACGUCGUGAAUAUGCCCGUUGGCUGGUUGCUGCAAGUAGUGCUCUCUCCAGGAACUCUAUAUCAAAAGUCUACCCCGCCAUGUAUAUUGAAAAUGUGACAGACCUUGCAUUUGAUGAUGUUACUCCUCAAGAUCCUGACUUCACAUCAAUUCAAGGUUUGGCAGAAGCAGGACUCAUCUCAAGCAAACUUUCUUCUGAAGGGGAGCAAGAUAAUUUUUUCUUUUCCCCUGACAGUCCUCUCUCACGUCAGGACCUGGUGAGUUGGAAGAUGGCAAUUGAGAAACGUCAGCUUCCCGAAGUUGAUAAAAAGACCCUUUAUCAACAAUCUGGCUUUAUUGACAUAGAUAGAAUAAGUCCACAUGCUUGGCCUGCUCUUAUGGCUGAUAUAUCUGCUGGAGAGCAUGGCAUAACAGCACUUGCUUUUGGCUAUACAAGGCUUUUUCAACCAGACAAACCUGUCACAAAAGCUCAAGCUGCCAUCGCUCUUGCUGUUGGUGAUGCAGCAGAGGUUGUUGGAGAGGAACUUGCUCGCAUUGAAGCAGAAUCAUUAGCUGAUACAGCUGUGACUGCACAUUCUGCUCUAGUAGCUCAAAUUGAGAAGGAUCUCCAUGCAGUCUUUGAGAAACAGCUUGCAAUGGAAAGGGAAAAAAUAGCAGCAGUUGAAAAAUUAGCGGAAGAAGCUACAUUAGAACUGGAGAAAAUCAAAGCUGAAAGGAAUGAGGGAAACAGUUUGCUUUUAAAGGGACGUGCUGCUGUUGAAUCUGAAAUGGAGGUUCUGUCAAAACUAAGGCAUGAGGUGGAGGAGCAGUUACAGAGUCUGAUGAGUGACAGGAUAAAGACAUCCAUUGAGCAUGAUAGGCUUAACAAACUUCGUAAAGAAGCAGAAGAUGAAAGCCAAGCUAUUAUUAAGUUGCAGUAUGAGCUGGAAGUUGAAAGAAAAGCUCUGUCUAUGGCUAGGGCAUGGGCUGAGGAUGAGGCAAAGAGAACACGUGAACAUGCCAAGGCAUUAGAAGAAGCAAGGUACCGCUGGGAGCAACGAGGCAUCAAAGUAAUUGUUGACAGUGAACUCCAGGAUGAUGCCGCUACAGAGUUAACAUGGUUAAAUGCUGAUGCUGAAAAACUUUCUGUUGGGCAAUCUCCAGUGAAAGAAACAAUUAGCCAGGGAGAAAACCUGGUGAAGAAACUUGAGGUUAUGGCUAGUGAAGUAAAAGGCAAGUCCUUUGCUGCAAUAAAGAGAAUUAUUGAGAAAAUAAAGUUCAUAAUUGAGCAUUUUAAAGUGCAAGCAGCGGAGGCAACAAACAAAGCCAGAGAGGUCAAAGCUGCUGCAGUUUCAACCUUAAAAAGCUCUGCUGAAGAUUUAUCACAGAAAACUGAAUCCUCAGUUGCUAGUUUCAGUUCAACAGUUAAGGAUGGGAUGAAGCGGCUCACUGAAGAAUGCAAAGAAAGUAUGGACAGGAUUUCACAGAAAUUCAAGAUGUGAUUGUCUGUGCGACUCCAGUUGGAAAUUUCGCUUUCCCCUCCACUUGUUCUUUAGAUAAUUGCCUUCUGCAAUUUACUAGGUGAGAUGUAAUUUUGACAUAAAGCUCUUUGUCCAUCAGUUUACAUCAAAGGGUAGCUAUCGAAAUCAAAUUGUUUUUGUGGCUUUGUAUGUCUAGUCUCUGUCCCUUUCCUGGGACCACAAUUUUAGCUCUCACACGAGGUGUUGACACUCGUACCCACCUCCAGGUUUUGCUGCGGGUUGGUUAUACCCCCAAAGACUGUGUAACUUCUCUUUCCUAAAUAAAAGCUGCUCUUUUGUAAAA